CGCCGCCAAGCUAUCCGGGCCGGCCGGUGGCCGCCGGUGGCCGCGCCUGCAGUUCCCGCCGCCGCCGCCUGGGGCAGCCGCCCGGCUCGCGGCGCCCGACCGCUCUGGGCCGCGCUCCUCGCUCGCCCUCCGCCUCGGCUCCGCCUGCGACCCGCCGGGUUCCCGCGGCCGGACGCUGCACCGCGGCUCCCCGGGGCCGGAGAGCGAGGCCGCCAGCAGCGCCGCGGGCUGGGGGACGGACCCAGGAGAUGAAAUGACAACGUCAACCCUCCAGAAAGCCAUUGAUCUGGUGACGAAAGCCACGGAAGAGGAUAAAGCCAAGAACUACGAGGAGGCGCUCCGGCUCUACCAGCAUGCCGUGGAGUAUUUCCUUCAUGCGAUCAAGUAUGAGGCGCACAGUGACAAGGCCAAGGAGAGCAUCCGAGCCAAGUGCAUGCAGUACCUAGACCGGGCCGAGAAGCUCAAGGAUUAUUUACGGAGCAAAGAGAAGCAUGGCAAGAAGCCGGUCAAGGAGAACCAGAGCGAGAGCAAGGGCAGCGAUAGUGACAGCGAAGGGGACAAUCCGGAGAAAAAGAAGUUGCAAGAACAACUGAUGGGAGCCGUGGUGAUGGAGAAGCCCAACAUCCGGUGGAAUGACGUGGCCGGGCUGGAGGGGGCCAAGGAGGCCCUCAAAGAAGCUGUCAUCCUGCCCAUCAAAUUCCCACACCUGUUCACAGGCAAGCGGACCCCAUGGCGUGGGAUACUGCUCUUUGGACCCCCCGGCACAGGGAAGUCCUACCUGGCCAAAGCAGUGGCGACAGAGGCCAACAACUCCACAUUCUUCUCCGUGUCCUCCUCGGACCUGAUGUCCAAGUGGCUGGGGGAGAGCGAGAAACUGGUCAAGAACCUCUUCGAGCUAGCUCGGCAGCACAAGCCGUCCAUCAUCUUCAUCGACGAGGUGGACUCCCUCUGCGGCUCCCGCAACGAGAACGAGAGCGAGGCGGCGCGGAGGAUCAAGACAGAAUUCUUGGUCCAGAUGCAAGGUGUGGGGAAUAACAACGAUGGGACUCUGGUCCUUGGUGCCACCAACAUCCCCUGGGUGCUGGACUCUGCCAUCAGGAGGAGGUUUGAAAAGCGGAUUUAUAUCCCGUUGCCCGAGGAAGCUGCCCGCGCCCAGAUGUUCCGGCUCCACCUGGGGAGCACCCCCCACAACCUCACCGAAGCCAACAUCCAACUGCUGGCCCGGAAGACGGAAGGGUACUCGGGCGCCGACAUCAGCGUCAUUGUGCGGGACUCGCUCAUGCAGCCCGUCAGGAAAGUGCAGUCGGCUACGCACUUCAAAAAGGUGUGUGGCCCCUCCCGUACCAACCCCGGCAUGACCAUCGAUGACCUGCUGACCCCUUGCUCGCCAGGGGACCCAGGGGCCAUCGAGAUGACCUGGAUGGAUGUCCCUGGUGACAAACUCUUAGAGCCUGUGGUCUGCAUGUCGGACAUGCUCCGGUCCUUGGCCACCACCCGGCCCACCGUGAAUGCCGAUGAUCUCCUGAAAGUGAAGAAAUUCUCAGAGGACUUUGGCCAGGAGAGUUAGAAAUCCUUUCCACGAGGGUGAUGGUGAAGGUGGGAGAUUGGAAUGAAUCCACGUCAGUCCCCAUGUCGGCGGCCAGCCAGGGCUCCAGGGCUUGUCAUAGUCCCGCAGUGGCCGCACUGACGUCUGGCCGCCGGCGGGGAGUAGACGAAGGUCGCCCCGGGCCCACGUGUGAGCACAUGGGGCCCACGUGGACACUGGCCCUUCCACGCGUCCUCUCCUCUCCGGGAUGCUCACCAACUCCUGCCCUGCCCCCUUUGUGUUUUGUUUUUUUUCUUUCUUUUUCUUUUUUCAACCUUUUACGUUCCCUUAAAUUAAUGCUGCUUGGAUUUUCGUCAUGUUUAUAAAUAAAGUUGAAAUGGCCCAGA